AUUCGCAAACAGCUUGAUCGAGUCCCUCGAGUCCCGUUCAUCCACAUCUAAGAGAACAGUGCCAUUUUGUCAGAAGACACUGUUCUACGCCGGGUAGAAACGUCAAAGCGUCAUUUUCUUAUCGGCGAAUGCAGUAGUUGGUUGUUGUCUUGCUCCACUCAAAAUGAUGUCCCGAGAAAAAACGACGGCCGCACGGCUAUCGACCGGCCUAGCGACAUCAGGCCGAUCAACCCCUCUCGCAUCACAGUCAAACUUGAACCAGGCGGCAAUAGGAUCAAAUACGGUUCUAUCGCAGUCGCCAUCCACCAUGAUGGCAUCGAAUGGAUCGCCGGCGAAUGCUGGUCCCUCUCAAACGAUUCGGUUUCGGACUGGGAUUCGGAAUACGGUGUAUGAUGCGAUGCGAGAUCGCGGGUGGAAGGAGGCUGAUGGGGACAUGGAUUGGGACUUCUUCUGGGCGGACGUACACUGGAUCCACGAAACUUUCGAUCAUGUGUACUUGCAGGAGCAUCAACGGAUCAACCAUUUUCGUAACCACUAUGAGCUGACCCGAAAAGACCUCCUAGUCAAAAACGUCAAGCGCAUGAUCAAAUCCAUCGAGAAAGAGUACGGCAAAACCGAAUCCCAGAAAUUCGAUUUCCUCUCCCCAUCCUACGUCCUUCCCGCCGAACACGCCUUGUUCACCGAGGAGUUCAAGCGCAACCCGGGAAGCGUCUGGAUCAUGAAACCGGUCGGGAAGGCGCAGGGCAAGGGCAUUUUCUUGAUCAAUAAGAUCAGCCAGAUUAACGGGUGGAGGAAGGAUGUGAAGGGGAAUGUGAAGGGGGAUAGGGAUGGGGAUGAUGCGCCGGAGGCGUAUAUCGUACAGAGGUAUAUUGAGAAUCCUUUGCUCAUAGGAGGAAAGAAGUUUGAUAUCCGUGUGUAUGUGCUGGUCACCUCAUACUACCCGUUAACGAUCUACAUCCACCGAAACGGAUUCUGCCGCUUCUCGAAUACCCAGUUCUCGAUGCAAGCAAAGGACAUCAGUAACAUGUAUAUACACGCAACAAACGUUGCCAUCCAAAAGCAUUCGCCUAACUACAUCUCCGGCCGGGGCUGCAAAUGGUUGCUCCGCAACCUGAAGCUGUUCCUUACGGCCAGACACGGGUCGAAAGCGGUCGAUGACCUGUUUACGGAGAUGGAGGCGAGCGUUGUUAGGAGCUUGAUGAGCGUGCAGAAGGUCAUGAUCAAUGAUAAGCACUGUUUUGAGCUCUACGGCUACGACAUCCUCAUUGACCAAAACCUUAAGCCAUGGUUACUAGAAGUAAACGCCUCCCCAUCGCUGACAGCCGAAACGCAAUGGGACUACGACCUGAAGCACGCGAUGGUGCAGGACUGCUUCGAUGUCGUCGAUUUGGAACGCAGGCAUUCCGGCAAAAGCAUCAGACCACGAGUCGGAGGCUUCGAUCUCGUUUACAAUGACGGCCCUGUCCGCCAUGAGCGGACGAGUAAUUAUGCUUCAUAUCUUGGGUGCCACCAACCGAUCCCGCGUGCACCAAGGCAAAAGAAGCGGUUCGGAAAACCAUCGACGCCGGCGGUGAAGCUGUCGGGCAACCCCAAUACGUACUCUCCUCCGACGGCGCUUUCUGGAUCGCAAGACCAGUUGGUGUCCUGAUGUGGAGAAAUAAACCGGAAUACUAUGAUAUGCUUUGACUCGCCAGACUCAACAAAACUAAUAGAUUAAGCGUAUAGACAAGGG